GUCACAGCUGCCACCCCGCCUUCCUCGUCUCCCACGCCGUUGCAGAAGGCGAUACCCCCGCCGUACGACCCUAAACCGCGCGUUGCCCGCUGCCCGUUCGCCCACCCCCGCCAAACAUGUGCACCAAGGUCGUACACAAAUAUGGCUGCGGCCACGAAAUCGCCGAGAAGGCCCCAUGCGCGACGUCGAGAACAGCUCCCUGCGGCGUCUGCAACACCAAGACCGUCAAGCACGACGAGAAGUGUGAUAGAUGCGACCAUUGAGACAGUGUACCACCGUGAACUUCUUCGCACGAUACCCCAUCAUCAUGGCCAGUCCGCCGCACUGAGCCGCUCCUUCCUCGCAGCUCCCCAUUGCGCGACUUAUGGCCCUGAUACACACCACCAGCUCCCCAUUGAGCCUCUGGCCCCAAGCCUGCAUUUCAUGGCGUCACGGAUUUCAAAAAGUAUUGGCCUUCUUGGGCAUUGCGUCUUAAUUGGACCUUGGGCACUGCACGUCCGGCGUUUUGGAUACAGGCCCGCGUUGCGAGACAUUUUCUUACUUACUACAUGGAUACCACGUUCUCCUAAUCAUGUCGCGCAAUGCGCCGACGGCGAACCACAUGCCUUCUCUCUUCUUAUCUUGUCAUUGCUAUCACUAUAUUUCUGUCUGCCGUCUCUAGCGCUUCGCAACGUUGGCAUGAGGGACAAUGUCCAGUAUACGAGCGAGUCAAUCAAUCUCUACGCACCCGAGACGGACAUGUCGUCCCCUCUCGGAUCACCAUAAUUCAUCCGUUGAGCUCAUUGUUGUAUUGCGCGACCUCCGCGCCGAACAAGACCAUUCCCAUGGCCAAUCAAUCUGCGCUGAUCUGCGGUACAGUAUCACGCAUGAGGACCCAUAUGCAAUGCCGUUUUUCGCCAAUCGCCCUGGGCUUACGGCCUCCGCGAUGCCAUCAAUCACAGUUCACGUAGCUCUCGAACCACCUCUGCGAGUCAGGCCAAUCAAGCGAGCCGCCAAUCCGCCAUGUAUAUUGGGGCCUGACUCCCUUGUAUAUCAGCCUCGCACUAACAACCAG